AUGAAUGAAAAAAAGGACCUAGAAUGGCUUCGAGGUCCUAAUAUUGCUUUAGUAGGAAGCCUAAUCUCCGGAGGAAUGAUUACUCCAAGUACUAAAGUAAUUUUACCCGAAGAUCCAUACGAAAUGGGCCCUUUUCAACAGAAAAAACGUUCAGUUCCAAAAACAGCAGCUCAAUCACGUUUAUUAUCGCCACUUGUUUCACAGGCACAAACAAGAGGCCCAACAACAGCAUUAAAUUCGCCAAAAUCUAAAAAAACACUUACGAAAAGACCAGAAACAGCGCAAAAACCACGCGAACGACGCAGAGAAAUGGCACCCGUACCUGCCCCUCCCAAACCAGAUGAUGGCGGAUUAAAUUUGCCUCCUAUUUCCGAUUUAAUUAGUACGAAACCACGAAUUGUUACAGCAAAAGAUGGACAAGAGUUAUUAGCAAGUUUCAGAAAACAGAUUUCAGAAAUACAAGACAGGCCAAAUGAAACUCCACAUGAAAAAUUUAGAAAUAUCAUGGAAGGAGUCGAUAUAUCGUUUUUAUUUUGGAACAAAGUCAUUACAGAUAUUCGUAGUUACUCGGAGGAUUACUCAAAACUUCUUAACGAAAUUAAAUCUUUCUAUAAAUACAAAUUAGCAGAGUUUCCAGAUAUAGGAGAUGAAUUUGUCGCAAUUAUUGAUGCCAAAGAGCGUGAAAACAAUCAAUUAUUCGAAGAAAAUAUGGGAUUAAAAAAGCAAAUCCAAGAAUACGAAGAAACAAUACAGCAUAUCAACAAUCAGAGUCUUGAAUACCAGGCAAAGAUUGAAGACAUGCGUGUUAAAGAAGCAGAAUUACGUCAUAGAAUUGCAGAUCUUGAAUAUGAAAAUGAUCAAACGAAACAAGAGUUUACACAGCUCAACUGCAAAAUUAUUCGUGAGCAAAACACUGUUAAAGAGUUAGAAGAACAAGUUGCCAAUCUCCAAAACACAAUUGUUGAUAAUCAAUUUUUGAUUAAAUCACAAGAACAAGAAAUCCAGAAAUUCCAAGAGAAAGGUGCCUCUUUCAGACCAAUGUAUCUUGAAGCCUCCAAAGAACUCGCUGAUCUCAAGCUCGUUCUUCAAAAGAAAGACCAAGAAAUUGAAAAACUUUCUUAUCGUCCUCCAAUGGAAGAAGUUGAAGUUAUGACAGACGAAUCAUAUAUAGAACAGAUGAAAUCGCAGAAUAAGUCGAAGCACAAACGCCGCGGCAAAGAUUCAAAGCAAAAGGAGAUGUCAGCUUUGAAUCAAUCCGCAACAAAUUUGGCAACAUCAAGUCCAGGAAAACUUAAUAUUAGAUCAAGUCCUGCUCGAUCAAUUAACAAUUUCAGCAAUGAAAUGAUCACUGAAACUCCUAAUAGUAACUUGAACAAGUCUUCCAGCAGACUAAAGAACCUUCCUGAAUCUCCAAACACCAGCAAAGUUGAUCUAAUGAAAGAGAAAUCGAAUUCUAAGUAUCAAUUGGAAACUCCUAAGAAAGAAAACAUAGAUAAGAAUGAUUCUCUUGAGAAGAUUACUGGUGCAAGUAAGUCUUUAACACGAGCAGAAUCUGUUGCUGAUACAAGUAAAAUCAAACCUUCUUCAUCAAAGAUAUCAAUUUCAUUGAAACAAGAUGAAAAAGUUAUGUCUUAUUCAUCACAUCGAUUAAUAUCAAUGAAUGAAAUUAUUCCUAAACAAGAACAACAAAAUCAACAACAGCAACAACAAGAUGUAAAACAAGAACAAGUACCAGAAACACCAUCAAUUCUUGUACAAAACAAUGAAGAAGAACAGCAACAAAAACAAGAAGAACCUCCUAAAGAAGAAACAGAAAAACCACAGGAGAAAAAGAAUUUAACAACAGAAGCUAUUAAUGAUGGACAAAUCAUCACGAAAGAUAGACAUGGAUAUGUUAUUUCUAUUGGCGGAUUGGCACCAACAAUGGUUGAUUGCAUGUACAGAUUAUUGCCAUUGAACGUUGAACAACCUUUAACUGAACCAGCAACAGAUGUAAUUUCUUUGACAUUAAGAGAUGUCAAUAUCAAACCAAAGAGUUACACGUGGUUGUUGUCGUAUAUUAUUGAUUUCUUCUGCUCAUUUAAUGGAACAGAUAUGGCAGUAAUUAUGUCAACAGAUGCCAUUACUCUUUUAAAGAAUUGCUUGCAGGCAAAAUCAAGAAUACCUACAACAACAAAUAGAUUGUACGUAGAUAUAUUGAACACUGCACAGUUAUUUAAAGGAACUUCUGGUUGUGUGAAUUUCUUCAUACAAUUUUUGAUCCAAGAAUAUUCAACAAUUGAUUUAUGUUUCUUUAACGUUCUUUUCUCUUUGUGUUAUGAUUUCUUGUAUCCUAAGACUCAGAGUUUACUCGAAUAUGAUGAAGUAACAACCGAAUCUUACCAGUUCUUGAUACACGUUGAUCUUUGCCAAUGUCUUUUGGAUCUUUUAUUCCCAUUUUCAAAAGGAAAAGUUCCAAUUGAUGUUUUUAAGAAAGGAACUCGAUCAACACCAUCAAAGAAGCUUGUUUCUUUCUGGGAAUUCGCAAAGUAUAUGCUGCAAAUCUUCAGACAGACUCAUAUGCAAUUCCACAAACAAGUCAAAGCACUUUUGAAUCUAAGUGGUCAUGAAGCUGAUUCUCAAAUAACUGAAGAGAUUUUCUCUAAUUUCUUCAUUCUAUCAAGACCUUUCAUCAAAGAUGAUGAAAUAAAGAAGCUCUGGGAGAGAUACUCUCUCGAGCAAGUCAUCAAGAAGAACACAGACUUGAAUAUUCAUUCUCUUAUUCAGUUUUGUGCAGAUUUCCCUGAAGUUACAAAUACUGUUCUUGAAUUACCUUAUGCAUCGAAUUUCGAUUCAAUAUAUGGAGAUUUCCCAAUUCACAUGCAGAAAUUGAUGCUUUUCUUCAGGAAGAGAUACACCAAAUUCAUGAGAAAAGUUGUUUUCAAUCUUCCUUCUCAUAUCAGAGCAGCUAUUGAACAGAGUUAUGUUCGUAUCAGGAAUUCUAUUAUCAGAUGCGAUCUCUCUACAUGUGUGACAUGUUAUCGCCACUUUUUACAAGUGUCCGAUUUGAAGAUCACAGAAGAUAAUCCAUAUUUGACAUUUGCAUCUAAUGUAGAACCAGAACUCAUCGACGCCAUUAUUAAGAUGCUUGCCGCACGUGAGAUGCUUGUCUCCGAAGAAGUCCUUGUCCAAAAAUAA